AUGAUCACUAGCUUCAAAACGUCAAAGGUAGUCUUCACCACAGCGUUUAUUGUGAGGCUCGUUAUGUUCAGUUUUCCCUCCGUUGUGAAUACACUUAUGGAGUGUGUUGAAUUAUCGACGCCAAUAACAAGCUUCAAACGCCUAACUGAGGGUGUUUAUUUGUACAAUCAUAAAGUGGCUCCUUACGAUGGCGGUGUCUUUCAUCAGCCUCCUUUACUUUUAUGUUUAUUUUCUUGCAUCGAUUAUCUGCCUUCCGGCUCCAUUCCCAUUUUGUACAGCACACUUGACCUCAUUAUUGCUUAUGCUUUGACUUGCAUUACUCAAUUAAAACAACAAUAUUACGAUAUCAAAAACGGCCAGUUAAAAGCAGAAAAAUUACACAGAAAGCAUAUCUCACCUAACACCGUAGCUGCUAUGUAUCUGUUCAACCCUUUAACUCUACUAUCUUGUGCAUCCAAGUCAACUCAAAUAUUCAGUAAUUUAGCAGUGGCCAUGGCACUCUUAAGUGCCCUGAAAUAUAAGACAGGACAACAAAUAACAGAAAAAAAUUCAAUAAAUGUGUAUAGUUCGCUAAGUAUGUUUUGGAUUGCAUUUGCGUCGUAUCUGAGUGUCUAUCCCAUCAUGCUUUUACCGGCCUUACUGUUGAUUAUGGAGACAUCGAAGCCUGUUUUGCACUUUUCGGGAUGGACUGUUUGUCUAUUCCUGUUAUCGCGAUUAUUCGUAGGAACAUGGGAUUUCAUUAAAGCGACAUAUGGUAUUAUUAUCUUUGUAUUUGAUUUAACACCAAAUGUGGGCAUGUUUUGGUAUUUCUUCAUCGAGAUUUUUGAUCAAUUCCGUUCUUUUUUCAUGGUUGUAUUUCAAUUCCAUACAUUUAUUUUUACCGCACCCAUCUGUAUUAAAAUGAGAAACCAGCCCAUCUUGGCGGCCACAGUACUAUGCAGCAUUACGGCUAUAUUCAAGAGCUAUCCUUCCGCUAGUGAUGCCUGUUUUUAUUUAGCACUUGUAUCGGUCCAUGACGAACUAUUUAAAUACUGCCGUUAUGGAUUCUUGGUUUGUAAUUUGUUCCUAUAUGCAUCAGUUUUGGCACCGAUCUUUUGGCAUUUAUGGAUUUAUGCCGGUAGUGGCAAUGCAAACUUUUUCUAUGCUAUAACGCUAGUGUAUAACCUUGGUCAAGUGAUUUUAUUGAUUGAUGUCGUUUAUGCGGCGCUCAGACGGCAAUUUGAUCUAAAUCAUCCAGAAGCCAUAGGAAAAAUAGUAAUUCAUAAAUAA